UUUGGCAAAUGAAUCUUUAGAAUUAAGAAAUAAACAAAUAUUGUUAAACCAACAAAUGAACCAAUGGAUCCACAAACAAAACAAAACCAUGAGCUCUCAAUCUCACCAUGACUCACUUACUACGUGUAUCUGUCUUUUUACAAAAAAUACAUUUUAAAUUAUUUUAAAGUUUCAUCAUUUAUCCGAUCAUUCGAUAUAUAUGCGAAUAAUAAUGUAAAAUGCUGACAAAGUAACCUAACAAAACUCGAAUCAGAGAAAUCCAGAUAUUAUUACUACAUAAGACAAUUUUAGUAAUUAGCUUUCAAAUCUCAUCUCUUUAUUCUCUCUCUCUCUCUCUUUCUUCUCUUCAAGAACCCUAAAAAUCUCCAGAAAAGAUCCCAAAUUUCAACUUCCCAUUCUCGUAUUUCGACGAUCUGAGUCUCUCUCUCUCUCUCGGGUUUAAUUUGUUUCCUGAUAUGGUUUAGACUUUGUGAUCUAAAUGGAAGCUGACGUGUCAAUUAUCUGAAAAAACCCUUAUCGCGAAAUUUUCCAGAAACCAAAAAAAAAAAUUGAAACUUUUUUCGAUUUUGUUGAAGAAGCACGGUAGGGACGAUGAAUCGUGCUUUGGUCCUACUUUUAUACGUUUAUACUGUUUCUUGUUUAGCUUCAAGCAAAGUUAUUUUGAUGAGGAACAACAUCACUCUCUCUUUUGAUGACAUCGAAGCUAAUUUCGCUCCAUCAGUGAAGGGUACAGGUGAAAUUGGACUAGUUUAUGUGGCAGAGCCUCUUGACGCUUGUCAAAAUCUUAUGAACAAACCAGAACAGAGCUCCAAUGAAACUUCCCCUUUUGUGUUAAUCGUUAGAGGAGGCUGUAGUUUUGAAGAGAAAGUGAGAAAAGCGCAGAGAGCUGGUUUUAAAGCUGCAAUUAUCUUUGACAAUGAAGACCGUGGAACAUUGAUUGCAAUGGCAGGUAACUCGGGAGGUAUAAAGAUUCAUGCGGUUUUCGUUACGAAAGAAACCGGAGAAGUGUUGAAGGAUUAUGCUGGUUUUCCCGAUACUAAAGUUUGGUUGAUUCCAAGUUUUGAGAACUCGGCGUGGUCGAUUAUGGCGGUUUCAUUCAUUUCGCUGCUUGCAAUGUCGGCAGUUCUUGCUACUUGUUUCUUUGUGCGUAGGCAUCGCAUAAGAAGGCGGACAUCUCGGUCCUCUCGAGUCCGUGAGUUCCAUGGUAUGAGCCGCCGCUUGGUGAAAGCAAUGCCGAGUCUUAUAUUCUCCUCGUUUCAUGAAGACAACACUACUGCAUUCACUUGCGCUAUUUGCCUCGAAGACUACAUUGUUGGAGACAAGCUCAGGCUCUUACCUUGCUGUCACAAGUUUCAUGCUGCGUGUGUUGACUCGUGGUUAACCUCUUGGAGAACUUUCUGUCCGGUGUGCAAAAGGGAUGCAAGAACGAACACGGGCGAGCCUCCGGCUUCAGAGAGCACGCCAUUGCUCUCAUCCGCUGCAUCGUCCUUCACCUCUUCCUCUCUGCACUCUUCCGUCAGAUCAUCCGCACUAUUGAUUGGGCCUUCCAUGGGCUCAUUACCGUCGUCAGUCUCUUUCUCUCCCGCAUAUGUGAGCUCAUCCUAUAUCAGACAAUCGUUCCAAUCUUCCUCUAACCGUCGAUCUCCUCCAAUAAGCGUAAGUCGAAGCUCUGUGGAUCUCAGGCAACAAGCAGCUUCUCCAUCACCAUCACCAUCACAGAGAUCAUACAUUUCCCAUAUGGCUUCUCCACAGUCACUGGGUUACCCGACUAUCUCCCCUUUCAACACGAGGUACAUGUCACCGUACAGGCCUAGCCCGAGCGAUGCAUCACCUGCAGUGGCUGGAUCAUCAAAUUAUCCGUUCAAUCCACUGCGUUACAGUGAAUCAGCCGGAACUUUCUCUCCAUACGCCUCUGCAAACUCGCUUCCAGACUGUUAAGAAGUCCGUGGAACCAACCUGGUCUGGCUCGGGUCAUACAAAAUUAUGUUCUUUUGCAUUUGAGUUUUACUACGAAACGUACGUCUGGCGUUUGUGUAUGUGUGUGUGUGUGUGUAACGAUGCUUUUAUAGUCUUUUGGUUGAGAUGAAACAUCAUUCGGGUUUAGGUUAGAGAUUUUAAUACUUCCACAAUUACGCAAACUCGGUUCCUUUGUAAAAAUAUGAGCUUAUUAUGUAUAUACACGUCUCUUUCCUUGUUA